UUUAGGUAGUGCUCAAUGGGAUUAUUGUUAUGUGGACGAAAAAUGCAGUGUUUUUAAUACGGUAGAAAAAGCAAAAAGAAAAACAAUUUUCAAUACUGUACGUUAGAGAAAAUUGAACUGAGUGAAGCCGUGAUACUACAAAAAUUGGAAGUGACUUAUUGUAGUGUUGUGUUGACUUCAGAACUUGUUGCAAAACAUUUAACAUCGAAGUGAUUUUGUUAUUUUAACAAUAUCAGACAGUUCGUUUCGCUUGGCAGUUGUGUGGAAUUAUUUUUUAGGUUCGUCAUUUUUGUACAAUAAUAUUAAGUGUGAACGAGACUUGAGUAUUUCGGGUUAUCACAAUGAAAAAUGAAUUGAGAGUGUUUAGGACGAACUGCACUUAUUUCUUGAUAGUACUGUCGCACCUGAGGUGCAGUACUUGAGUCCCCGCGGUGCGUUGAGAGACAGACGAUGAGGGGGCAAAGGUGAAGUGCGGGGGCAGGAGCCGACACCCUGGAGCACCUGGUGGGAGGCGGGGGCGGGCUGCUGCCCGGCGCCUCGCCCGCCCAGCACCCGCCCAACAUGCUGCAGCCCAUGGAGGAGAUGAUCCUGCCACCUAAGCGGCAAGCUGUUGUUGACCGAUUGCGCCGAAGGAUCGAGACGUAUCGAAGGCGUCAGACGGAGUGCGUCCCAAGAUUCGACCAGUCUUUCACCGGCGCCUGCGAGCAGCAGAACUUGGAGACGAGUGCCCUGCAGAAGAGGUUUCUUGAAGGAAAGGCCAAGCGACAAGCUAAGAAAACCGAACGCAAGCCCGAUCUACCUGCGAUUAGCGGAAACUUGCACAGCAGCGUCCAUGUACAACAAAAAUUUGGGUGCGGUGAUUACGAACCUCCAGCGAAGCUUCAAUGCGGCGGGGGAGGCGGCGGCGGUGGGGCGGGCGAGGCACUCACCAAGUUUUCAGUGGAAAUAGUUCAGCAAUUGGAAUUUACCACCUCCGCAGCCGACUCUCAGCCUCAGCAGAUUUCCACCAACGUUACCGUAAAGGCUCUCGCCAAUGCCGUCAAGACAUCGGGAUCACCUCCGCCUACUCAGCAGCCGCCUAGAAUUCCGACUCCACUUGAUUGCGAAAGAGAAUGUAAGGCGGAAUGUAAAUCUGAGAUAGGAGACGAUGAGUUUGUAGGAUUAGACGAAUGCGCGGCCGCUCUAGAAAGGGAUGCCGCGUCAGCCUUCCCGGGACUAGCGGAACUCAUCGGCGAAGAAGAUGGAGAUGACACGACGACAUUCGAGGAUCUUAUUACGGAGAUAUCGGAGUACCCCGAGUUUAUGAAGGACUUUGAUUUGGAUGGGGGGAAGUUGAAUGGUGGAAACGUGGAACCGCAGGAAGGUGAGCCAGCGCCGCGACCGUACGGCGGCGGUGAGAUGUCGCCGGCGGCACAGACUCUCAAGCAUAUGGCGGAGCAGCACCAGCAGGCCACAGGCGGUGACUGGCGCUACCGCGGCUACGGCGCCUACCGCCCUCGCCCGCCUCCACCGACCAUGGACCACAUUCAUAUGUCUCAGCAGCAGCAGAUGCAUCUUUCGCAAACGCCUCACAAUUUACAGGUGUCGGCAGCGCAGCAUAUGCAAGCGAGCGUUGGUUCGGGCGGAGCACACGUCUCUGUAGCAGCACAACAAGGAAUGUACGCCAGUUUCCAGCAUCAGAACACACCAUCGCCACAACACCACCAAAGUAGUGGGUGUGACACCUAUUCUGUGUCUCAGUCGCAGAGCAUUAACUUCUCGCAAGCGAUGCGCGCCCGGCCGCAAGGACCUGCGCCGCCCAGUGCCGCGCCCGGGCCUGGUCCCCCUCAGCCUUUAGGAGUGGUGGCCGCGGGGAUAUCGCGUGAGCAGCAAGCGAAGAUGCUGCAGCAGCAACAGCAGCACAUGCUGCGGGCUCAGCAGCAGAUGCGGCCGCCGCCACCGGAGUACAAGGCGCGCUUCGCGGGCGCCGGUGUGGGUGUGGUCGGCGUGGGCGUCGGUGCGCGUCGCCCUCCCGCGGCUCCGCGCGCCUUCCCGCCGCACGCGCGCCAGUACUCGCCCGAGUGGCGACAUGUCCUCAUGCAGCAGCAGGCCGCCGCCAGGCACCAGUUUCCGCAUCAUCAUCAAGGUUUCGGGAUGGGUGGCAUGGGUGGUGGUCUAACGCAGCAGCAACAACAGCAGAUGCAGCUGCAACAGGCGCGCAUGCAACAGCAGCAGCAACUCAUGCAACAGCAACAGAGGACGAAUCAACAGUCGCCAAUGUCUCAUCUCAUUAUGCAGCAGAAUCAGAUGAUGAAUGUUCAAGGACAGAUGCCAAAUAUCCAUAUGAGCCAGUCGCAAAGUAUGUCGAUGCAACAAGGCGGUAUGGGUAACAUGGGCGGGCACCAAAGCGGCCCUAUGCAAAACGGACCGAUGCAGAGUCAGAAUGGUCCUAUGCAAGGCCAGGGUGGGAUGCACCCGCAGAACAAUCCAAUGCAGAAUUCCAUGAUGUCACAGAACGGGCCGAUGCAGAGUCAAAACGGAAAUGAUGCCAACUCGUUCCCCUCGCUGCACAACACGUCUUCCUUCACGGGACAAACGGCAGACUUCAAUCUCGACUUCCUCGACAACAUGCCUUCCACAGACGCGAGCAACCUCACCGCGCAAGAGUUACUCAACUCUUUAGACAAUUCAUUUUUGAAUGACAUAUUGUAAACGUGCAAUGCACUGGACGGACUAUUUAUAAAUCGUAAUUGACACAUUUUAUAGUUAAUUAGAUGUCCAAUGUGGACAGAGUGUAUUCGAAACGUACUUACGUUCUGACAUGCAAGUUUGUGACCAAUAUAAAACGAAUCAUGACCAAAGUUAUCACAGGAAUUUAACUCCAGAAUUUAAUGGCUACAAGAUCAUUUUAUAUAAGUAACGGAAAUCUUCCAAAUCUCUUAACACUUUCGGACACAUUGUUUUAUAGACCUAUUUAUUGUCGAAAUAUCCAUUCAUAUUUUAUAGUUUAAUUUAUAGUAUUUUAUAGUUUUUAAAUAACAUUGUUAAUAAUUCUUUUGUAAAUAUUUUAUUGUAAUUUUAAGACGUUUGUUUAAUAUUAUGAAUAUUAUAUCAAUGGAACAUAACACCAGACAAAGAAUUUUCUCACAACCUAUUCAAGUUUCUUCGUACGAAAUGAUAAUUUUAAUUUUGCUACAUAGUAGGAUUAAAUAUAUUUUUUGCAAAUAAUAUUAUAGUAGCACAUAAUGUUUAAAGCACAAAAGACAAUCAACUUUUAUUUGCUUGAUAAGAAAUUAUUAACUAUACCUCUCGUGUUGCCAGUUUGACUAAAAGUUAAAAAUAAAGUUACAUGUAUGAACAUGUAUCAAAGCGUAAAUUGUCCUAUUUGAAUCCAUUUGAAACGAAGAUGGGAAAGUAGAAUUUUAAAUAGGACAAUCGGUUCCAGUAUAUGGAAUGACAGAGGUCGUGUUACAGCAAUAAAUUUAUUUAUUUAUAGAUUUUGUAUUUUAUAAAAGGUAAAAGUCAUAAUUUAUUCGUUUUUUGGCCCUUUUUGGGCCUUUGUCGACAAAUUGUCUAUUGUCAUCUUUUUCGACCACAAUGAUGGCCGUACAGGCGUUUAAUUAUAAAUCAAAUAGGGUGGUUAUUUCCACCUCAAAUCGGCCCAAUCCAUAUUAUUAUAAUAUAGUGCAAAUGUAAAUUUUUAUGUAAUUAGAUAUAAUGUAAGAUCAUUCCC